CAAAACAUAGCCAUGAAUAUGGCUUCUUCUUCUCCAAUAUUGUUGAUGAUCAUUUUCUCAAUGUGGCUGCUAAUUUCCCACUCUGAAUCCACAGAUUAUCUGAUUGGAGACAGUCACAAUUCCUGGAAGGUUCCUCUUCCAUCACGACGUGCAUUCGCCCGCUGGGCCUCUGCUCACGAAUUCACAGUCGGUGAUACCAUCCUGUUUGAGUACGAUAACGAAACAGAAUCAGUGCACGAAGUGAAUGAGCAUGAUUAUAUAAUGUGUCAUACAAAUGGAGAACAUGUGGAGCACCACGACGGCAACACUAAGGUUGUGCUUGAUAAAAUAGGAGUAUAUCAUUUCAUAAGUGGAACAAAGCGUCAUUGCAAGAUGGGAUUAAAGCUGGCUGUCGUUGUCCAAAACAAGCAUGACCUAGUUCUCCCACCUCUAAUUACAAUGCCUAUGCCACCUUCGCCUUCACCGUCACCAAAUUCGUCCGGUAAUAAAGGUGGUGCUGCUGGUCUUGGAUUCAUCAUGUGGUUGGGGGUUUCAUUGGUGAUGAUGAUGUUCUUAAUAUGACAGAUUAUAUAUGUUUCUACAUAGACGUUCGUUUCUAUAAGAAUUAAGCUUUGUGACUACAUACAUAUAUACAAUGUAAUAUCGUGUGGGUCAAGAUCACUUACAUUUUCAUUUUUCGUUAAUUUCAUGGGAAAAACAUAGUUUAUUUAUUUAUUUAUUUUGUAUAUAUCCCAUGAGCCAACUAGUUCAAGAGGUCCAAUUCCACCGCCCAAUUGGGAGGUCCCAAUUUAAAGCUAGAACACAGUUCUGAAUGGACUUAGCCCUUAGCGUCAGAGGAAAUCGAACAUGAGACCCUCAGAGGAGAAUACUCCAAUGUCUCAAACCAACCACUAGGCCAACCUCAAAUGGGUUAUGGGUAAAACGUUGUUGAUCUCUUGAGUAAGAAUGAUUUCGCUCUUGAAACGGUAACGGUUGGUCUCUUAUA